UGACAGGCGAAGGCUUCUGGGUUGAGGAAAAGCAAAGAUUUCUCCACAUCUGUCAUCCAGAAAGAGGUCAACUGCACAGAAAAACGCAGAAGGCAAGUAAGCAAACAGCCUGACCAUAUAUAACCCCCACGCACACUUAAGGAGGAUGAAAUCUGCCAAUCCCAGCUAGAAAAACUCUGACAGAUGACUCCGUCUUUGCCUUUGCCCCACGCGACAUCUGCAACUCUGAGUCUCUGCAGUCAUUAAGCCCCUCCAGCUUGAAGGAAGAUGAUCAGAAAGCAUAAAGGGAAUAAAUGGCUGAAAAUGUGAUGGAUCUCCAGCAGUGUUUACCUCGCAUGUCGUCACAUACAGGAUAGGUUCACAACCUCCACUGGAAUCUAUGGGAGGAGCUCUGUGAUGCUGCUAAUGGACUACUUGAAACUUGAUUCAUACGGACUGUGGACGAUUGGAAUAUUUUGAUCUGAACGCACCAGAGCUGAUUGGUUUGCUGCUUUACUGUGCUCUUUCAAAGACCGUUAAACCAUCUCACCAUGGAGCACUCUCCUUCCAUAAACCUGUCGGUGGAGAAUGGAGACGAGCUGGAGGACCAGCGUCCCCUUCUUCCUCCCAGGAUGAUUCCUCCGCCUCAGGCCUGCACGCCCCAGUGUGGGAUUCACCACAUGGUCCAGACGGCGCCGGAUCACACCGUGUGGCUGGACAGAACCCAGGCCAUGGCCACCACGCCUCUAUACAACGGCCACCUGUUCGUCACGCCUUCACCUCGCCCCAACAGGAAGGGAGACAAAGCCAAAGGCAAAGAGAAGAAGGGCGAGAAGAAGUCGCUGGGGAACCGACAAAAUGCAGCAUCCAGGGAGAGGAAUCACCAGUGCAAAGCCAAAAACGCAAACAGACUCCAGGAGAACAUCACAUCCUUCACCGAUGUACCCAUCUCUCCCUGCAGGUCGCCCUUCACAGGGCCCUGCAGGCCUCACCUAGACGCCUGGGACGUGGACGGUCGAGGGCGCCGCAAGUCGGGUAACAUUUCCAUGGAGAUGCACGACCGCCAGAGCCUCCCAGAGAUCAUCAUCACCAACAAAGACGAGCAGAUGCCCAAAAAUUCCUCCCAGUACGGUCAGCACCCCAAUGAAGCCAAAGGCCUGCUGCCGGGAUCCGAGUGUCCCGGUUCCAGCCCCCCUCAGAGUCCUCAGCAGAGCCCCAAACACAAGAUGGACAGCAAGGACGACCCGUACUGGAGGACCCGCAACAUCGGCUGGCGGCUGGUCCACAGGAGGUCCCUGUUCCUGAGGAGGCAGCGGCUGAACGACUGCGCCCUGGCGGUGGGGAUAUUCGGCGUGGUGAUGAUGGUGAUGGAGACGGAGCUGUCCUGGAGCGUCUACAGUAAGAGCUCCACCUACUCCCUCACCCUCAAGUCGGUCAUCAGCUUCUCUACGCUCCUCCUGAUCGGCCUCAUCAUCGCGUAUCACUGCUGCGAGGUGCAGCUCUACGUUCAUGACAUCGGUGCGGCGGAUUGGCGGAUCGCCAUGACGACCGAGCGCUUGGCUCUCAUCGCCCUGGAGCUGGCGGCGGUGGCCAUCCAUCCCUACCCGGUGGGCCUGCUGGACUACUUCCAGAAGAACAAAAGCCGCAGGACGCUGUCGGAGACGGAGCUGGAGAUCGUGCUGGCCCUGCCCAUGUUCCUGAGGCUCUACCUGCUGGGCCGGGCCAUGAUGCUGCACAGCCGCCUCUUCACCGACACCGCCUCGCGCAGCAUCGGAGCGCUCAACAAGAUCCACUUCAACACCCGGUUUGUGGGGAAAACGCUGAUGACCACCUACCCCGGGACUGUGCUGAUGAUCUUUAGCGUUUCCUUGUGGAUCGUGGCGGCGUGGGGCUUACAUGUUUGCGAGAGACACCACAACUACAGAGACCUGAGCAGCAACUACAUGGAGGCCUUGUGGAUGGUUUCUGUCACCUUCCUGUCCAUCGGUUACGGAGACGUCGUCCCUCACACCUACUGUGGACGCAGCAUCUGCCUCCUCACCGGGAUAAUGGGAGCCGGCUGCACCGUCCUGGUGGUGGCGGUCGUUGCCAGGAAACUGGAGUUGACCCGGGCGGAGAAACACGUUCACAACUUCAUGAUGGACUCCCACAUCACCAAGAGGAUAAAAAUUGCUGCAGCAAAUGUGCUGAGAGAGACUUGGCUUAUCUACAAGCACACUAAGCUGGCCAGAGAGAAAGACCACUCUAGAGUCCGCAUGCACCAGAGGAAGCUGCUGUUGGCCAUCCACCAGCUGCGGAGAGUGAAGAUCGAGAAGAGGAUACUCGCCGAUCAGGGGAACACGCUGGUGGACUUCAACAAGAUGCAGAGCCUGAUGUACGACAUGCUGGCCGAGGUGCAGGGCUGCCGGGGGGAGCUGGACACCCACAUCCACAGCCUGGAGAAGCACGUGGAGGAGCUGAGGGAAGGAUUCAGGAGCCUUAUGCCGCUGCUCUCCAGCACCCUGUCCACCCAGAACUCCUCCAUCCGCCAUCUGCUCAGGGAGAGGGAGGUGAAGACGGAGACGGCCAGCGUGAGCGGAGGAGACAGGUAGAGGUGAUGGAGGCGACGCGAAGAUUCUCGAGGAGUUAUCUGCCUACAAUGCAGCUGAAAUGAUCACAGUGGGGUUUUUUUAUUUUCUACAGAGAUGGAAAAAUGUGUUUAUAGAACCAGAUGAAAGAUGUACAGACUGGAAAAAUAGGUGGGUCAAUAUAUAAUUGCGAGACUUUUUGUAACAUAGUUGACAUAUUUGUUGUUUUCAGGCCUAAAAUCAACUAUAGCCAAACAACACAUGGUAUUUUUAGACAAAGAUUCUUCUGAAAAUUAUAUAUACAACUGAAAGUUAUUUAUAAAAAUAUUGUAGUAAACCUGUUGACAUGCCAUAAAUCCAGACUUGACUCUUGAAAAUUUGAUAUAAUGCCAAAAAAGAAAUAUCUGUCAUGAUGAUCUCAACUUAAUAAAAAGAAAACAAUCCAAACAAUUUUUGAAUAAGCUCAUUUUAUUCUUGUUUAGUUAAUUAGAAGGUGGUUUGUUAUUAAAUUGGGAUGGUUAUUGAGUUGACAUUUUGGUGAUAUUCAGUAAUUUUUAUUAAUAAGUGAUUGUUUCCAUCAUAAAUAAUUAUGGAAAUUGUAAAGACAUGAUCAUGAUGGGGCUGCACAGUGGAGUAGGGGUUAGCACUUUCACCUUGCAGCAAGAAGAUCCCUGGUUCGAGUCCCGGCCUGGGCCUGGGAUCUUUCUGCAUGGAAUUUGCAUGUUCUCCCUGUGCAUGCGUGGGUUUUCUCCAGGUACUCCGGCUUCCUCCCACAGUCCAAAAAUAUGCUGAGGUUAAUUGGUUACUCUAAAUUGUCCGUAGGUAUGAAUGUGAAUGUGAUUGUGUGUCUGUAUAUGUAGCCCUGCGACAGACUGGUGACCUGUCCAGGGUGUCCCCUGCCUUCACCCGAGUCAGCUGGGAUAGACUCCAGCACCCCCCACGACCCUAAUGAGGAUAAAGCGGUGUAUAGAGAAUGGAUGGAUGGAUGAACAUAAAAAACAUUUUCUUUCCUUCUAAAUUGAAAUGUAUGCAAUAUAUAGUCUCUCGAUUAUAUAUUGACCCAGCGAUAAAUCCGUUUUAUGUGGCAGAAUGAUGCAAAAUGUAGAAGUUAGCCACUUUUUGUGAAGGGUUUUCUCCUGGAGUGACAGCAAAUUGGGGAAAAAACUUAAACUGAAUAUUUUGGAGCUGCAAUAUUUAGUAAAGGAAGUUGUCAAAUUUGAAGACUUAUUCAUGGGAUUAUAGUAAAUAACUGACCAUUCAGUGUCCCCCUGUACUUUGAUUUUCUUUCACUGUUUCCUGAUGUUUGAUAAACCACCUAAUCAUUAACAAUCAGUAAUGAGGAAAUGCUGUUUUAGCCCUAUUUCAUGAAACAUGAUGUAAUCUUGGAUACUUUUGGGGACUUGUAACACCCCUAAACGAAUACCUCUAUCUGUAAACACUGCAUUUUUUCUGAUUGUGUAAUAAAAACUAAAUUUAAA